AUGGCCUCGAUCGCUCGCAUCUGCCCACGAAGGGCUUUAAUCCAAAUCAAACCCGCAUCAUCAUCCUCUCCUCAAUCCCUCCGCACCCUCACAACCGCCUGUAUCCGCACGACCCGACCAAGAACCACCACCACCACCACCACCACCACCACCACACCCACACCCCAACCAAGCUCUCGCCUCUCACAACCCCUCUCCAAAUACCAACCAAACAGACCCUACCACUCAGCUCUCCACCCCGCUCUCCCAGUCCAUGAAUACACAAACAGCCAAAUCGCAAUCCUCGAAGCAAGUCUCGCCCACACCCCAGUCCACGGCUUCACCCACACCUCUCUCCUCCUAGGAGCCCGUGACGCAGGCUUCCUGGACGUAAGCGUCCAGCUCCUCCCCCGCGCCGAAUUCGACCUUAUCCUCUUCUGGCUUGCCAGUCGGCGCGGUCUCCUCCGCGCAAAGGUCGAGGCCGGAGAAAUCGCCUUCACUGCGGGGCAAGACGUUGAAUCCAAGACCAAGACUCUUAUCCUGGAACGUUUGAAGAUGAACGAGGAGGUCAGAGGGCAAUGGCAAGAUGCCCUCGCGCAAAUGUCUCUCCUCGGUAAUAUUCCCCUCGCCCUCACCGAGCUCCAUGCCCUUGCAAACGAUAUCCUUACGCUGGCGGGCGACGCCUCGGUGGAUGCGAGCUGGUACACGCGGCGCGCGGCCGUGGCGGCUAUGUAUGCCAGUGCGGACGUGGUGAUGACGCGCGACGCGGCGCCGGAUAUGAGUGAGACGGAGCGGUUUAUUGAGCGGCGCUUUGAGGAUAAGCAUAUUUUGGGCAAGAAGGUGGAGGUUGUGGGGCAGUGUGUUUCUUUUUGGGGAAAUACGGUUGUUGGGGUGUUUAGGAGUUAUGGGUUGAAGAUUUGA